AUGCCAAUUGAAGCGGUCAAUGGUGUAAACUUUGCUUUUGCUUCCAUUCAACCCAAAACCUAUAAAAUCGUACCCAUGAAGAAGGGGUCUUUCGAUCAGUUUGCUGAAGUGGCAGAUGUGAAGCGAAAGAAUCCAGAUGCCAAAGUUUGGGUAUCUAUCGGUGGCUGGGACUUCAGCAAUAAUGGGACCUCGACACAGCCGUUGUUUGGAGAAAUUGCAAGCAAUGUCAAAAAUCGGGCUACUUUUGCAGACAAUCUAUACAAGUUCAUGAGGCAGUACGGAUUUGAUGGUCUGGAUGUUGACUGGGAAUACCCAGGUGCUGGAGACCGUGGCGGCACCGAGGCUGAUUACCUUCGUUGGUUUGACAUCUCUGCCAUCGCGGACGCCGUGGAUUUCAUCAACUUUAUGUCGUAUGAUCUUCAUGGCGUGUGGGACGCCCAUGAUCCAUAUGGAAGCCACAUAUACGCCCAUACAAAUUUGACGGAGAUCGAGCAGAGUCUGCAGCUUCUUUGGAGAAAUAAUAUUGAUCCUGCAAAGUUCAAUCUUGGGCUUGCAUUUUAUGGAAGAUCGUUCGAGCUGAAGGACCCUUCAUGCUUUCACGCUGGGUGCGAAUUCAAAGGGGCUGGGGCAGCAGGCGACUCGACUAACACAGCGGGAAUUCUCUCAUACAUGGAGAUCCAGGACCUUAUAAGUGAAGGUUUAAGUAAAGGCUCAAACUCGAUCAUGCAGAUGUAUGAUCCCGAAGCUGCCGUCAAUUAUCUCAUUUACGACCAAGGGAAAAGCUGGGUGUCUUAUGAUGACAAGAGGACUUUUCAACAGAAGAUCAACUUUGCUAACUCUCAAGGGCUUAAUGGACUCUUCAUCUGGGCGAUUGAUAUGGAUGACCUUUCAUAUACUGCUCUCAAAGCUGUGACCGGAAAAGACCUAGCCCCCGUCUUUCUUCAGAGUAAAACACUUGAUUACUUUAACAUCGACAAAUGUUGGACUACGCCGUGCGCUGCCCUUCAAAGCAAGUACGCAAUUACUGCUGCCCUUCUUGGGGUGCACCGAACCCAGACAAGUGCCACUGGAGAGGAAGCCCCAGCACUUGUUUUGGACAAUGUGAACCGGGCGAGUUCGAAGACUGCUCUUGGCAUGGAAGUAGCUUCACUUGUUCUGGAAAUCGUUGCCCUGCGGGUCAGAUUGAGAUUACGCGGAGCAAGGGAGGUGAUGGUUCCGUUCUUGGAAGUUGUAUUUUCGGACGGCAAAAGGAUUUUUGCUGCGAUCCACCAUUCAAGUGAGAAGAUUCAUCUGCAAACGGCCCCAACCAGCGAGUUAAUGAAUCAAAAAAGCGGCACCGCCUUCCUACCAGUUCCACUGGAUAAUCUCUUUCCAGAGGAUCUACCCGCUGCAGAUGCUCCUAUCUACUAUGAAGCUUUUGACCGCGCACAGGAACAACAAGAAAAUCCCCACUGGGAGGACCAAUACACUGAUGACCCUAACAAGGAGCCAUUUGCGUGGACAAUCAUGGUUGGCGCCGAAGCCGACGUUCAGUCGCUUCGUAAGCGCGAUGGCUCCCAUCUGCAGACUUUCGAUUGCCCUAGCCCAAAACCCGAGGAUUACAGCACUCAGACAUUUAGAGCAGUCUGCGAAAGCGAAAGUGAUGAUAACAAUUGUGAAGACAUCAUGAUUGGUAGUGUCCGUGGUACUAUUAUCCGUUUACCUGAGGAGUGUGGUCCCGACGAAUGGGUGCGAGCUGUCUCUUUCAAGGAAAUAGAGGAUCACCCUCUUCCGUCCCAUCUGUCAAAGAGGCUUCACAGCAACCCUAAUAUUUAUGAGAUUAAAUACGACUACAAUCUGAGGAAUCUUCGUCGAGACGGAGGCGAGGUGCACGUGUGUUUCGACGCCUCGGUUCAUCCAGGACAUUGGGAUGAAAUUGUUUCAUCCUCUGCUUCUGGCUCAAAGAAGAAGGGAUCCCCGACAGAAUGGCGCGAGACUCAUAUGGACUGGUUUGAGCACAGGCUCAACAAGCGUGGGUAUGGAACAACGGACUCCUGGUGGCUUGGUCGUUUCAAUGUGCUUCUUGAUUCCCAUUCUGACUAUGGCGUCAAGAAGCAAUUCCAUUUCGAGCAGAUUCUCUACAACUCCGCGAAAAGGUGUGGCUCGGGAACCGCACAACUGAGUGCUACCGUUGCGGGUGAUUUGGCAGUUCGCCUUGACUACGGCAUCUCAAUGAUAGGGACUCUCCGAAACUUUGACUUUAGCGAGGCAUACGCUUACUUCAAUCUCCAUAACCUUCAUGUCGAUACUAUGGCGGAGGUUUAUGCCAAUGCCGUCUUUCGGUAUGAGUCGGAGGUACUUCAACUCCUUGACAGAUGGGAUAUCUUUGAGGGAACGUUCAACAUCAAUGGUCUAUGGUCUAUUGGUCCUUACUUCGAUGCCACUGCUCAGCUCCAAGGGUUGGCCACUCUCGCCGGCACAAUACGUUCUGGCAUGAGCUUCAGUACUGAGUCUAGUGGUGAUCGAUUCACUUACAUGUUCCCCCAAUCUCUUAACAAGUUCCCCUCUGCGUCCGUUAUCAAGCCGAACAUUGGGGUCACUGAGAUAAAGGCGUCUCAAAAAGCCUCUAUUUCAGCAGACGGCUCAUUAACGUUGACUAUGACUCCUAGUCUUGGCUUCCAAAUUGAGCUGGAUGUUUUCGGUGAGAAACUGAUUGAUUCGCGGGUUUCGGCGGCUUUCCAGAACUCUAUGACUGUUCGUGUCGGCGCAGGCGGUAGUACCUCUGGUGAUCUUUGCAAUGGAGCUCAUUGCGGACUUGAUUACUCAUCGGAUGUCUCAAUUGGUGUUGAAAACCCGAUUCCCGGAUGGUCGUCGGGCGCACAAACUAUCAAUGUCUACGGAGUGGACAAAGAACUUGUGCCAAUGAAAUGUUACCCUUGGGCGAAAGCUAUUUCAAAGCGCGAGAUGAGUCCGGCUAUUGAUUCAAACGAAACAAUGGGACUCUCCAUGAACGGUGGACUUUCCAAAAGAACGGACGAAAUGUCAACGGCCAUUCUAUUCCAUGAUGUUUACGGAUCCGCACUUGGCUGUGCGACGGAUACAGAUACAGACAGCGGUGAUUGCAACAGGGCAGUUCCUGGAUGGACAGAUGGGUCCUUUUCUGAUAGUAUCAUGUCAAAGCGAGAUGCAAGUAAUCUUCACCACUUUGAUAAACGGGAUGGAAAGCGGCUCAGUGUUUGCCCUAACAGCAGAGGCACUUACCUAAUCCAAUCGAAGUCUCCUACCUGGCCACCAUCCAGCCAAUUAAUGAGGGAGGCUGCUAGCAAUCCAUUCAAAACUUAUGGAGCCAAGGAUAAGGACGACUGCACCUCAUAUGAUUAUGGAGAGAUUUCUGCUCCUCCAUCAAGUGGAUCCAGCAAAUGGGCCACGGAGCACGUUCUAGAAUGGCAACUCUAUGUGGAUUUCUGGCAGGACUUUACAGAAGGGAACAGUGACCUGUUCCAAAAUCCACUAACAACAAACUCCGAAAAAGUCGGGACAGGCCAUCCCAUCGAUCUUGUCGCCUAUGCUUUCCCUAGCUCUAAGGAUUUUCGUGAUGAGUUGAUGUUGAUUGAUUCAACUACGAACGGAGCAAAACUUGCUGACGAUAUGGAAAAAGUCAUUGAGAAUUAUAAUGACCCAAAUUGGAAUAAACACAAGUACCAAAAUCUCAAUUUGGGAAAUCAAUGGCGAACCUUCAUGUAUCAGCAGUGGCCACUGGCAGUGAACAAACAAAAAUCUUUCUUGGACAAAUGGGUUCGAGACAUCGAGCAGUUCUUCCAGCCCAACAGCGACGAUGAAGAUGCGAUGGAUGGGGCUGAAACGAACCAAGACGUCUUGGAUCGCAUCAAAGCGUUGAAGGAUGCUUAUGCCGCCAUGCCGGCUAUGCCCAAUCCCUUUCCCUCGUCUUGGCAAUAG